GCCUCACAGCAGAGUGAAUGCACACAGAAAGCUGCCCUACAAGCUCUACUUGAUUCCUGCGGUGACUCUGGCAGCGUUGCUCAACCUUUGUUCGAGGGUUUCCAGGGAAUGAGUGUUUACAGGGGGUAAAAUGGAAAACAGAAGCUGACAGUGGGGAUCUGAAUGAGGAAAAGCAGUUUUUAUGAGGAGAACCACCAGGGAUGGAUAAAGAUGGCAGGAAGCCAAAGUCUUUUGUGUCUACUUUCCGGUUGGCCCUUAAUCCCAAUGCCAGAACUUUCUGUGUGGAGAAGAAAACAGAAGAUGGACACAACAAACUGGGAGUCCCAUCAGCAACAGAUUCCAAACUGAAACAAAUCCCGGGACUUGAACCACCUCACUUCAAACAGACACUCAGGGACUGUACAGUCUGUGAAGGAAGUGAUGCUUCUUUUCAAGGUGUUAUCGCAGGAAGUCGACCUCUGAGCAUUUCCUGGCUACACAAUGGUGGGAGGGUGCAAUCAAGUAAUACCUCCUUCAAAAACAGUGUAGCCAGUCUGGCGUUGACUCGUUGUUCACCAGGAGAUGCUGGGACGUACACCUGCAUAGCUGAGAAUAAAGCCGGGAAACAGUCAAGCAGUGCUGUUCUACGUAUCACAGCAACAAAGGAAACUCUCAGAACAAGCAACCAUGAGCUGCAAAGUCAAGUCACCCUCAAGGCUGCGGCAUCUGAAAACAAUAAAUUGUCUUCAGCUUCAAAACAGAAAAGCCAAAACAGCAAACAAGACAACAAAGUCUCCACAGGUAGCAGUGAUAUCAAACCUCAAACAAAAGUCUCCACUAGCCAAGGGCCUCCUGUGGAGUUUGUGGACCCACCAGAGCAGGUGGAGGUUCGAGUUGGACAGCAGGCCCGGCUACACUGUGAGUUCAGGAGCAGAUCUGUCCCUGUGGCCUGCUGCUGGAUUUGCAACAAAGAGAAGGUGGUGGUAAGAGGGCAGAGGAUGUCUGUCCAGAGCAGUGAGACAGAAAGCAGUGUGGAGAUCUCCAAGGCCUGUACAGAAGACACAGGCUCAUACACCAUCAUAGUGCGAAACCAAAAAGGCUCUGCUCAGCAUACAGUCUCCCUCAGUGUCAUAGACCGGCCAGAGCCACCAGCAUCCCAACCUGUUGUUUCCCAGCUGUCCACUCAGUCCCUGGUCCUAUCCUGGACGGGUCCCAGCUAUGAUGGAGGCACAGCAGUGCUGGGCUACAAAGUGGAGGUCAGACAGGAAGGCCUGGAUAAGCCAGGAAGCUGGACUGAACUAACAAGCCGAUGUAAAAGCACAUCAUACCACGUUCGCUCAGGCCUGGAGCGUCUGGGACAGUACCGCUUCCGUGUCAGGGCCUACAACUCGGCAGGGGUCAGUGAACCAAGCCAGGAGUCUGAGUGUGUGAAGAUGGCGACUAGAAAAAAAGAAAUGAAGGUAGAUUCUGGGACGUACAUCACAGUGACCAUUGACACCAAACACAAGGCCAAAGACCACUAUGAUCUCCAUGAGAAGCUGGGAGUUGGGAAGUUCGGUCAGGUAUACCGCAUGUCCCACAAAGAGACGGGUCAGGUGGUUGCGGGGAAGUUCUACCGAGGCCGAACCUCCAAGGAUAGGGCAGCAGCUCGCAAAGAGAUCGAACUAAUGAAUUGUCUUCACCACCCAAAACUGGUCCAAUGCCUGGCUGCAUAUGAAAGUCGCACCGAGAUGGUCAUGAUCAUGGAGUUUAUUGCGGGUGGGGAGCUCUUUGAACACAUUGUGGAUGACAACUUUGAGCACACAGAGCUCACCAGUGCCCGCUACAUGCAGCAGAUCUUGGAGGGCAUGCAGUACGUUCACAAGCAGAAAAUCGUCCACCUGGACCUCAAACCAGAGAACAUUGUCUGCGUGGACACAACUGGUACACAGAUCAAGAUCAUCGACUUUGGCUUGGCUAGUGAACUGGAGGAGGGUAAACCUCUGAUGGUGAUGCAUGGUACGCCCGAGUUUGUGGCCCCUGAGGUGAUCAACUAUGACCCUGUGGGCCUGGAGACUGACAUGUGGAGCAUCGGAGUUAUCUGCUUCAUCUUGCUCAGUGGAGAAUCUCCUUUUCAGGGAAACAGCGAUGCUGAAACAUUGGCUCUUGUGAUGGCUGCCUCCUAUAAGUUUGACGAGGAGAGUUUUGAGGACAUCUCUGAUCAAGCGAAAGACUUUAUCAACUCCCUGCUGAAGAAAGACCGAAGAUGCAGGUUGUCAUGUACCGAGGCCCUUGCCCACCCCUGGAUGGUCUCUUUUACCCCACUGAACUUCCGAAGCACGAAGUCCCUCAAUAAGAGAAAGAUGAGACACUUUCUGGCCAGGCGCAAGUGGAAGAAAACUGGCAAGGCUGUUUUGGCCCUACAGCGGAUGGCUAAUCUCUCUAACAGGCCAGACUCUCCUGGCAGCUCCUCAGAGGAGCCAGGCUGGAGCCAAGAGGCAGAGGAGGCCAUCCAGUCACUGGAUAAGCAGCUCCAGAGUGAACCUCGCUUCCAGCAGGCCCUGAAGGACGCCACCCUCCCCAAGGGAGCAACAGCUCAGCUAACAUGCCUUGUCAAUGGUUACCCGCAGCCGGAGGUGAAGUGGCUUCAGAAUAAGAAGCCGGUGUCUGAAUCGGACAGAGUGACCAUUGAGCAACAUGAAGACGGACUCUGCUCUCUGGUUGUGGCGGAUUUGGAUCUUUCUGACUCUGGAGUUUAUGUGUGCAGGGCCAGCAACAAGCUGGGGGCGGCAAUGUGCUCUGCCAAGCUGACAGUAAAGAUGUGACCGUGAAGAAAUGAAGGCAACAGAUUUCCUUCAUUUGGAAGGAGACUCCUCAGAAGUAAACUGAUGUGAAUAAUUGGAUAAAGCCUGGACUUUGACACAUCAGCACACGGGGGGACAGUUAUUCACUGCCACACAAAAGGCUGCUUACACAUAAUUUCAAGGCAAAAGGGUGUGUUGUGUUUUACCAUUAAGACACCAGUUACUUUAGUGCACAGUCUGUAUUCUUUUAGUAGUGUAUAGUUAACAUGUUCAGCCACCAAUACACAAGUUUCUUUGGUUUUUUUUUGCACUGAAAUAAAGGUGAUAUCAUGCUACUGCGACUGAGCACCAUUCACACGACACGUCACUUGAAAAUUGUAGAUUUUGCACAUUUUAAUAUCAUUGAAAUGUAGAUGGAUUUUAAAGGCAUUACCAUUAAAGGCUGAAUUUGAGGAAAAA